GGAAAGUGGGUAUAUCCGAAACGCAUGUGUGCGAACCUAACGCGAGGCGGUGAUAGCUAAUAGCUAGCUGCUAAGCAAAGGCAUAAAAAGGGAAACACAGGAAAGGGUGAAAGUGUUACUGUGCAGCUUAGAUAUCAUCGAAUUUCAACCAUUCUUCUUUGUUCAUAGUCAUAACAACACACACACUCUCACACUCACGCUCACACACACCUAACUUCGUUCCUCAUUCAUCUCUCCCCAUGGCUACUACUGUUUCCACUUCUUUCAUUCUAACCAAAUCCGCAUCGUCCAUACAUAAGGUGGACCACUCUCAGGUGAAGAUCAAACCAUCCAACUUGUCACUGAAUCUAAAUCGUCGAGGGAGAAUGAUACCGCCUUUAACCAGAAGGCCUCUAACAAUUCAAGCAACAUAUAGUGAUGGUGGACGGCCCAGCAGUGCUAGUGUCUUUGUCGGUGGCUUUCUCUUGGGAGGAUUAAUAGUUGGCACUCUUGGUUGCGUGUAUGCACCCCAGAUCAGCAAGGCUCUAGCUGGAGCUGACAGGAAGGAAUUAAUGAGAAAAUUGCCAAAGUUUAUAUACGAUGAAGAAAAGGCUUUGGAGAAAACACGGAAAGUACUGGCUCUCAAGAUUGAACAACUGAAUGCUGCCAUAGAUGAUGUUUCUGCUCAGCUGAGAUCAGAGGAGCCCUCAAACGGAGUAGCUGUGAACUCCGAUGAAAUUGAAGCAGCUACAUGAGACUGCUGCUGUGAUGUCAUGGGAUUGAUGUCUUGCGAAAGCUUAUUUGAAUCAACGGUAAACUAAAGGAUGGAUCAUGGGAAUUACUUAUGAAAUGGGAAUAACUUAUAUUAGACGUGAAAGUACAACUAGUGGUGGAGAUGAAAGAUUGAUACGUAGUUAUUGAUUCCAAUUUUGGCUAUGCCAACUCAGUCACAAGGAAUUUUAUUAUGAAUGAGUCGGAUAUGUAAACGAGCGUG